UCUGUCUCUUUGUUCUGGUCAGGAAGAAAGACAUGUCAACUAGCCAGUCACAAACGUCCUUGGGCCAUGAUCGAUAUUAUCAUGACAAGAAGGCGUUUAUUGCAGCACAGAUUCGCCUGCUUGAAGCGCCUAUACAGCCGUCACCCGAUUGGAGACGACAGCGUGCACGCCUGGCAGCAGAGGAAGGAUCUCGAGCUACAAUCCCGGAAACCGUUAUCACCGCCGUUCUGACCAAACUCCACUCUACCAGCAAAAAGUAUUUACGAUUAACCUUUAACAAUCAAUCUAUACGACAGUUGCUGGAACAACUGGAAAGAAAUCAAUAUGAACUUCGUAAAAAGACGAGACAAGGUGGGAUAAUCAUAAGGACAAAAUCCACGCAGGAGCUGCUUAAUUCAGACUGGAUCGACAUGUUUCCAGAGACUUGGCAGCAGAAUAAUCAGGUGGAUAAUGAUCCGAUGUCCUCUCUUUCAUAUCACAACGCGUCAUCCUCCUCAACAAGGCCCUUGGUUGCCACAGUCAAUUCAUCUAAACUUCAAAAAUAUGCUGAUCUCAGGUCAAGGGUUGUGGCUCUACAAGCAAAGUACCAAAGUUUACUUGACAAGCAUGAGUACUACAAGACCCUACAAUCUGAGAUUCGGUGUCUGGAUACUGGUGAUAUGCAAAGAAACAUGUUAGCACCAAACUCACAAGCUGUUCAGGAAUUGACAAAGAUGAAGGAGCUGUUACCAAGGUUAAUCAGUAUUCUCGAAUCAAGGAGGAAUGUUCUUAUAGCAAAGCGGAAAGAACAGCCACUUGCGACGAAUAGAGAUAUCGAUGUCAUCAAGCGUCAACGGCUCCAACCUACAAAUCCCCUCGAUACUAUCAUGGAGUAUCUUCAGAAUUGAAAUAUCCCAAUUGUAUCACUCACUGCCAAUCAACUUUAAAUGGCACAAGUAAUAAUCCCAAUGCACA